AUGGAGGAGGAGAAUGUCGAAAGUGAAUUGUGGGAACGACUUAUUGGAGAGCAAACAGCUCUGUUCCGUAAGACGAUAAAUGAAAAUGCGGAACUGAAUGCACGAGUCAAGGAGCUCGAGCGCGAAGUAUCAGUAUGGAAGCUUGCUCAUAAGACUGCCGACGAGGAGAGAAGUGCAAUGAAGCGAUCAAUAUCCAAACUUGAACGCAGUAUUGGUUCUUUUAAAGAUGAUAACCCUCUAGUUAUCUGUUUGAUUGAUGGAGACGGUCAUAUAUUCUCUCAGGACCUCUUGACGAAGGGGCAAUCGGGCGGUCGUCAGGCUGCUAUGUCCCUCACCAAGGGCAUAAUGGACUACAUGUCUAACGACGAUGACACUACUGCGGGUCGAAGCCAACUUUGGUUGACCAUUUACUGCAACAAGAACGGUCUACUGGAGACACUCGUGAAUCAUCAUAUCUGUACAGCCGAGCAAUAUGAGGCCUUCGUCCUCGGGUUCAAUCAAUCUUCCCCACUAUUCUCCAUCGUUGACGUCGGUAGCGGGAAGGAAGCUGCCGAUGCCAAGAUUAAAGAAUGUCUUCGACUAUUUACUCGAUUUCCACAGACAUCCCGUGUCUUCUUCGGCGGCGGUCACGACAAUGGAUACACCUCUACACUCAACUACUUGCAAAAUGAGGGUUUGGUUGAGAAGAUCGUACUACUGCGUGGUUACAGAGACCUCGCAUCCGAAUUGAAAAGCUUGAAUCUUCCGAAUCUAGAAAUUGAAGGCGUUUUCAUGUUGAGAAAGCUCCCAACAUUCCCGCACAAGAAAUCAUCUACUCCCCCCUCAACAAUACAAGCUGAAGACUUUGACAAGUUCAGGACGUCUUCCAGGGCGUCCAAUGCACUUCCUACGAUGAGCCCUAAACAGGGUAACAAGACACUACGAUAUCCUGAUCCGUCGUUGUCUAUCAAUAAACAAAAACCUCCGCCAUGCAACUUCUACUACCUGGCCGAGUGCAAAUCCGGGGACCGUUGCCGUUACGGUCAUGACUAUAUACUGACGCACGAUCAUCUCAACGAGAUCCGCACCAACUCCAAAAGAUCACCGUGUCCCGCGAUCAAGCGUGUCCCAACGGAGAAAACUGCUGUAUGGGCCACCUUUGCCCUCGUGGCUCCAGAUGCAUAUUCCUCAAGCAAGGCAAAUUCCGCGGGCACUGACGAGAUACCAGCGGACAUGCAUCAAGACCCUCCGACACGCGGGAAAAACUCACACAGGCGGAAUCACUCCAAUAGUACGCACUUCGAUGUCGGAGGAGGAAGUUAUGGUAGCCCUCUAUCGUCUCCGAGCCUCGCGAGCCCCGCUAAUGAGCCCGCCGAGACCUACAACCUGGGCUCACCUUCAAAAUACUCCAGCCACACACUUCUAUAUCCAGCCAAUGUAGAGUACAGCGCCGCUGGCAUGUAUCCUUCGUACUAG